AUGGCAAUUGGUGAGACUAUUCUUGGUGCUGUACUUCAAGUUGUCUUAGACAAGCUUGAUUCCCGACAAAUUAUAGACUUUUUCAAGUCUUUAAAACUUGAUCAGUCUCAUGUGAAUAAGCUGAAGCAUCUGAUGCUAGUUGCUGAAAAGCUGCUUGCUGAUGCUGAGCAGAAGCAGAUUAGUAACUCUGCAGUCAAGUCGUGGCUUAUCGAUCUUAAACAUUUGUUCUAUCGAGCUGAGGAGAUUGUGGAUGAGAUUGCUACAGAGGCUCUGCAUUCCUCUAUGAAUCUUAUUCCUGGACCCGAGUCAUUUAGGACCAAGAUACGAAACUCGAUCCCUGCUUUUAGCAACUCUUCUUCAUUUGUUAACAUCAUAAACUCGAAGAUUAAGGAGGUUGUCACUGAACUAGAACACAUGGUGAUGGUGAGUCAUUCCAGUGCCCUUGAUCUUAAAGAAGUUUCUGUGAGCAAGACAUCAGGAAGGGUUCCAACCAGCUAUUUGCUGGAAGAUACAGGGGUGUUUGGUAGGGAUCAAGAGAAGGAGUGGCUACUUCAGUUACUCCUUUCGAAAGAAGCAGAAGAAAACUUGAUCAGUGUUAUUGCCAUUGUGGGUAUUGGUGGCUUGGGCAAAACUACUCUUGCUAAGCUAGUGUAUAACGAUGAUAGAUUGGGAUCCUUUGAUUUGAAAGCUUGGGUCUAUGUCUCUGACCAGUUUGAUAUCUCGAGAGUGACAAAGUCAAUUCUUGAGUGCAUUACUUGCAAUUCAUAUUCUGGCUCACUUGACCUGAAUUUUCUCCAGCAUGAGUUGAGUGGAAAAUUGAGAAAGAAAAGAUUUCUUCUUGUUUUGGAUGAUGUUUGGAAUGAGAAAUAUGAAGAAUGGGAAUGCUUACGGGCUCCACUGAGUGUUGGAGCAUGCGGAAGCAAAGUUAUUGUCACAACGAGAAAUGAUGCUGUGGCAUCUAUCAUGCGAACAGAUCCAGUGAUCUAUCUGAAACCCCUGUCAAAUGAAGAUAGUUGGUCGCUAUUCUCAAAACAUGCAUUCGGGGUUGGAAAUUUGAGUUCUAAUCCACACACAGAAUUUCUUGGAAGAAAAAUUAUUUAA